AUGACCACCGUUGUACUUCAAAAAGAGACUCUACAUGAAACCUCAAUAGCCAACGCUGAGGGAUCAGGAAGGAGACUGACAUGGAGAAAAUGGUUUCAUACAGCACGCAAAGAUAAAAUUGAAGAUGAUUUCCAGGAGGACGAAUGUAUCUCUCUUGAAGAGGCUGAGAGUCUGGUUUUUGUGCCAUCUUUUCAUCUGAAUUCUAGUUACACCCUCCCAGAGACGUCGCCAGAGAUACAGGUGCGUACCCAUCGUAAUAGGCAAAAGAUCAGAGAACUAAAGAAACAACUUACAUUAAAGUUGCACCGUCUAAAACAUAAAUAUGACAAAGUUGAAAGUCAGCGGUUUGAAAAACCUGCCAAGAAAACAAUUGAUCGCCAUAUUACAGAAGAGCCGAUUUCCGUUAAAGAUCUUUUCAACAAUACUGAGGAGUACCACUCAGUCGACGUGAUAGAGGAGACUAAAAUCAAAAAACAGGAGGAUCUUCAAAAGUCUGAGCUUCCAAAAGAUAAUGCUAAUAAUGAUGAAGUUAAUGAAACAUUCAACGAAGUUGAAGCAACUUCUGCCACCAGUUGUAGGAUGAAGAGACCUUUCAAUAAUGAACUUUCGGCAAACAGCUCAUUCAAGAGGUCGUGUUCUACAAAAGAUCUCAGCUCUGCUUCAUCAGUCGAAAGCUUGAGAAACGAUUACAACGGAGAUGAGGAUGAACAGAAUUCCAUUCAAAAUACGCCUCCAGAUUAUCUGACAAAAUCUCCAACUUUAAUAGAUGAUACUGCUACACUGGGUGAACAGGACAGUAUUAGAGCUCCUCCAUGCCCCAAGUCACGCACAGAGUCCGAUGAUGAUGGAUCUUUGAAUAUGAAGUCCGCUCAUGCAGAUGUCAGUUCCGAUGACAGUUCACUUCCCGAUGACAUCUCAACUACAAUGGAUGACACGGUUUCUGAGGCCUUAUCCUGUGCUGCAUCGGUAACUUGUGAGAAAGUCUAUACAAUUCCUACUUUCAGAAAAAGGAAGGACUCUUUGAACGUUGCAAAUAUUGUCAAGAGCUUCAGAGACGGUACGUUGAAUGAGGAACAGCUGAUUGAGUUUGUUGAUAAGGGAAAGAAACGCAACGAAGACUUGACAUUCAAAAAUAAAGAGUUUUAUGAUGAUCCCGCAAGUAAGGCGCCAACUGAUACGCUGACUGACAAAGUGGAUAAGGACAAAUGUUUGAAGGAUAGCAAAAUAAACGUUAAGAACUCCGUUCGCUUCACAGGAAAGAAGGGAGAAGGGGCGGUAAAAUUUGAUAGGUUCUCCUGCCUAAUUGUUUACAAACCAUCUACUAAAUCUAGCUCGCUAGUCAAUGAUGGAGUCAUGAGCCUGCGUGAUUGUGAUCAUCCUCAAGGUUCAAUUAGAAGAUUACCAAGUCAAACUAGAUCAGUCCGACAAAAGCCGGAAGGCUGUGAAGCUAAAUCUAUUCUUAAGAUAAAGGCAAACACGAGGGAAAAAGAAGAGAUUAGACGAGCAAUCCGUUGCGAUGAAGUAGAUAUUGAAUCGUUUAUGAAUCUGUUCGAGCAUUUUGAGAACAAGAAACAGAUGGAGGAGAUAAAAUUGGGGGAAGUCAGGGAGGAUCAACUAAACCAUUAUUACUCUGAACAAUUCUUCCCAGAAAUAUUGGAAGAUGUAACGGUUACCACUGCACAUAAUAGUGAAUUUUCAAGGAGCAGGAAAGCCACAGAACUUAACAUUGGUAGAAAUUUAGGCGCUAUCAAAUGUGGUUUAGUGCACUAUGUUUGUCCGACCUGCGAUACGAAGAUAUUAUAA